CCCAGGCUGUCGCCCAGCAGUCCUGUCUUUCCUCCUCCCUCCUUCUGUAUCUUGGAAUUGCCCUGUUCUUUUCUGAGAGUCCUGUCCAGUUCUUCAUCAACUUCCUCCCUCGCCCUCAGUUGGCUCACGUUCCUUACCAGAGAGACAUUUCUCUCGUGCCAUUCAUUUCACUGCUCUUCACUGCCAACGCUUCCUCACACGACGCGCCUUCAACCUCACGGACUUGCAAACCCCUUCCGUUCAGCAUUCCAGCAUUGGUCAUAUGAGUCUUCGGCUUUACACGUCUUCCCUCGUAUCCAGUAACCCCGACUGAACUUCCACUUGAUCAAGUCCCAAAGCAGUCUUCGAUAGACUAGUCACAUUGAAGGUCCCACGACAAUCGCUCACUAUGAAAGUCACCUCUGUUGCCUUGACGGCAGCCUCUGCCACGGUCGCCCUCGCGCAACCUCACAACCACGGACACCGACACUUCCACAAGCACGAAGCACGCGAUGUUUCCACCGUCACCAGCUGGGCUCCUGGUCCUACUGAAUAUGCAUAUAUGUUGAAUGGACAGCCAAUCUCUGCCGAAGAAGUUUGCAGUGGUAUUGAAGACAACGAGCUCAAAUUUGUGGACGGCCAGGAUCCAGGUGUCUGCUCAUCUUCGACCGCCGCUUCAAGCACCUGGAUGGCCUGGACCAGCUCGACGACGGCUUCCAGCUCCAGCACGACAAGCGCCGCCAGCGCCGCCACUACUACCUCUGUCGCCGCGGCAAGCAGCACCCCAGCAGAAUUCUGGGCAGCACCUUCUUCCAGCUCUGGCUGGAGUGCUCCUAGUUCCGCUCCUAGUUCCGCAAGUGGCGGCGGCUGGGGCUCACAGCCUUCUCAAGGUUCUUGGGGUGCUCCCUCAUCUGGCGGCUCUGGUGUCAACUCAGACUUCCCAGAUGGAACACUCUCUUGCUCCGACUUCCCGUCCCAAUACGGUGCCGUUCAACUUCCCUACCUGGGUCUUGGUGGCUGGAGUGGUCUGCAAAAUCCCAACAUCGUUGGUGGUGUCGUCGGCAAAAUAGUUACUGGUAUCUCUGGACAAUCUUGCACAGAAGGCAUGAUGUGCUCCUAUGCAUGCCCGCCAGGCUACCAAAAGUCUCAAUGGCCUCCCAACCUCCAAGGCUCAUCCGGCGAAUCGGUUGGUGGUCUCCAGUGCCAGGGUGGAAAGCUACACUUGACCAACUCGGCACUCUCCAGCAAACUUUGCAUUCCUGGUGUUGGUGGUGUUCAAGCACAAAACAAUGCCGGCGGCGUGGUUGCCAUCUGCCGAACAGAUUAUCCUGGUACCGAGUCUGAAACUGUUCCAGUCGAACUACAACCCGGCGAGACUGAGGCCUUGACCGUUCCUGACGCCUCAACCUACUAUACCUGGCAAGGGAAGUCGACCUCGGCACAAUAUUACCUCAACCCUAUUGGAUACCCAGCUUCGCAAGCUUGCCAGUGGGGAUCUCCAGGUACUCCUCUGGGUAACUACGCGCCGAUCAACUUUGGCGUUGGAGCCAAGGAUGGCACCACCUGGCUGUCAAUCUUCCAAAACUCUCCAACCACCAGCGCUCAAUAUCAAGGAACCGUGGAGUUGCAAGGCAACCUGUCAGGAUCUUGCAAGUACUCGAAUGGACAGUACUGCGGAGCUACUGGAUGCAAUUCACAGGGUUGCACUGUCUCGAUCAUUUCGGGCACUGCAACUUAUGUCAUUUCCAGCUAGGCUUCUAAUGCACGCCGCGACCAUUUGUACAUGAAACGAUAACAGUUUGCUUUCGACCUGCAUAUUACGCCGGCGUUGACGUCAGGUUUCUCAUAUGUGUUCUUUCCUCGCCUUCCAUCGUUGCAUGAUCGGACCUUUCUUUUGUCUUCCGGGCCUCUACAGCUUUCGACUUGAUUUCAACUAUGUCGUUGCUUUUUUUGGGUUCCUCAACCUGCGGUCUGAGGGUUCCGGAUGCAUCGCCAAGUCAGCAAAGAUCAGGACGAACGGUUGGGCGGGGAAAACUUUUGUUAAUAUAUAUGAAUGGGAACUUGAGUGGCUUUUUACAACUUUCCGUAUCAAUGCCUCUUUUGACACUUGGUGUGAGAUACUGAGAGCUACCUUGAGAGUUGAAAGGAGAAAGGCUUGGAUUUGCAGAAUUCGAGAUAUUAAACAUGGGAUUUCCAAGUCGGACUGUGGUCUACUCGGGUUAGGUAGUCAAUUGACGGGGAAAGUCUUCUUCAUUCGUGUUGUAUCAUGCUGUAGCUGUAGCGUCUUUGUUAAUCGCAAUCACAAGAGGGGUUCCAUGCUUUGAA